GAGGCGGCUCAUUGCGCUUGGCGUGCUUGGGCAGAGAGCGAGCAGCGAAGGCCGGCGCGCGGGCGCCCUCCGCACGAAGGCGAGGUCAUGUUCUCGUGCCUGUACACGGCGCUGGCGGGGCUGCUGCUCCUGCCGCUGCUGGUGAACCUCGCCUGCCCGUACCUCUUCCAGGACUUGCGCUUCUUCGUGCGGCUAGUGCGCGUGGCGCGGCUGGCGCGUCGCGGCGCGUCGCGCGUCCCCCCGCGGACCCUGCUGGAGGUCUUCAGUCGGCGGGCGCGGCAGGCGCCGCGGAAGCCGCUGCUGCUGUUCGGGGACGAGGUCUACACCUACGAGCAGGUGGAGCGGCGCAGCAACCAGGUGGCGCGGGCGCUGCGGGAGCACGCCGGCUUGGAGCAGGGCGACGCCGUGGCCCUCUUCCUGGGCAACGAGCCCGCCUACGUCUGGCUGUGGCUGGGGUGCGCCAAGCUGGGCUGCGCCCUGGCCUGCCUCAACUGCAACAUCAGGGCCAGGUCCUUGGUGCAUUGUUUCCAGUGCAGCGGCGCCAAGGUGCUCCUGGCCGAUCCAGAAUUAGCAGCUGCCAUUGAAGAAAUACUACCAAUCCUGAAGGAAGAAAACGUGGCAGUCUAUUACUUAAGUAGGACAUCUGAGACGGAGGGGGUUCGCAGUUUCAUGGACAAAGUGGACGCAGCUUCAGAUGAGCCUAUUCCGGUUUCUUGGAGAUCAAAUGUCACUUUUAAAAGUCCUGCCUUGUACAUUUAUACCUCUGGGACGACAGGUCUGCCCAAAGCUGCACUGAUUACCCAUGAACGCACAUUAUUAGCUUGUGGACUGAUUAUUGCCAGUGGUGUUACAUCAGCAGAUAUUAUCUAUACUGCUCUGCCACUGUAUCACAGUGCUGGCCUCUUAAUUGGGGUUCAUGGCUGCAUCAUGCAAGGUGCUACUCUAGCAUUGCGUUCCAAAUUUUCUGCUACCCAGUUUUGGGAUGACUGCAGGAAAUACAAUGUAACUGUCAUACAGUAUAUUGGGGAGGUGCUUCGUUAUUUAUGCAACGUACCCAAGAAAGACAAUGAUCAUCAUCAUACAGUAAGAAUUGCCUUGGGUAAUGGCUUAAGGGCUGAUGUUUGGAGGGAAUUCAUCAGGCGGUUUGGAGACAUACGCAUUUUUGAGUUUUAUGCUGCAACAGAAGGCAAUGUUGGCUUUGUGAACUAUACUGGGAAAAUUGGAGCUGUGGGAAGAUUAAAUUACUUCCAUAAGAGAAUAAUGCGCUAUGACCUGAUUAAAUAUGAUGUAGAGAAAGAUGAACCCGUCCGAGAUGAAAACGGUUACUGUAUAAAAGUUCCCAAAGGAGAAGUGGGGCUGUUGGUUUGCAAAAUCACGCAGUUUGCGCCAUUUAGUGGCUACGUGGGAGCAAAGAGCCAAACAGAAAAGAAAAAGCUAAGAGAUGUCUUCCAGAAAGGGGACUUAUAUUUCAACAGUGGUGAUCUUUUAAUGAUUGACCGUGACAACUUCAUUUAUUUCCAUGAUCGAGUUGGAGACACAUUCCGCUGGAAAGGAGAAAAUGUGGCUACAACAGAAGUUGCAGAUAUUCUAGGACUGGCCAAUUUUGUUCACGAAGUGAAUGUGUAUGGCGUACCUGUGCCAGGCUCAACACUUGUUUUCCUUCAGAUGGAUUAUGUAUAUAUUGGGUACCUGACUUGCGUUCAUAGCAGCACAAUAUUUUAUAAAAGAUCAAGCUCAUCCUGCAGAUUUAAAGGUCAUGAAGGCAGGAUAGGCAUGGCAUCCAUACGACUAACAGACGGCUGUGAAUUCGAUGGAGAAAGACUCUAUAACCAUGUUGCAGACUACCUGCCUGCUUAUGCAAGGCCUCAUUUUGUGAGGGUUCAGGAUGCCAUUGAGAUCACAGGAACUUUUAAAUAUCGAAAGGUGCAGUUAGCACAAGAAGGAUUCAACCCAGCAGUUAUCAAAGACACACUCUAUUUCCUGGAUAACAAAGAAAAGACAUAUAUACCCCUCACAGAGGACAUUUAUAAUGCAAUAUGUAGCAACAGACUGAAACUAUAAUGCACCCAGAGCUGCUGGUGAUUGUAAAAGAACCAAGACUCUGUUUUUAAAUAAUGUUAGAAAGUUAUCAAAAUUGAUUUGAAAGUGAUUGCAUGUUUGUACCUAGAAGUUGAAAUGUCAAUAUUUAAAAACAUUGUUUAAUGAA